UUCUUGGCUCCGACCUCCAUGGAGGCUGCGUCGUCGACCUCUUCCUGGCCGAGCAACACGCUCUCGUUCAAGCGGCAGUCGGACCUGUGGUACUCUGAUGGGAACCUGAUCAUCGUCGCGGGCGCGGGCGGGCUGGGGUUCCGGGUGUACGCGCAGUUCCUGGCGGCCAAGUCGAAGACGUUUGCGGAGAUGCGCCCGACGGACGUGAUCGAGGGCAUCCCCGCGGUGCGCCUCGACGACGCGGAGGACGACGUGGAGCAGUUCCUCAAGGCCAUCUUCGACACAGACCACUUCAUGCCCCCGCCGUCGCCGACAAAGCUGAGCACGGUCCUCGCGGUGCUGAGGCUGAGCCACAAAUACGAUGUGCAGUUCCUUAUCCGGCGCGCGCUGCGCCAUCUGAACGCGGUCUACCCGACCACCCUGUCCGAAUUCCUCGCGAUCCCCUCGCCAUCACACCUCGAGUACCCCGAGCCGCGCCUCGCGGGGCACGUGCGCGCGCUAAAAGCGGCAAUGGACGUCGACGCGCAGUGGCUGUUCCCCGCGAUCCACUACUCCAUCUCGUGCUCCCCAUUACGCUCGAUCCUCGCCACGCAGCCGUCGUGGUCCGCGCUGUCUGAGCAGACGCAGUUCUUCAUCGUGACGAAGCACGCGUGGCGGCUGCACCGCUUCGAGAAGGUGCACGAGGGCCCGCUCAACCCCGUCGACGAGGCCACGUGCGCCGACCCCCGCGCCUGUCUCCGCACCCAGGCGACCUACGCGACCCGCCUCGUCGCCAUCAUCGGCCGCGACCAGCCCCUCGACGCCAUCCGCUUCUGGGACGAGCCCGGCAUCGAGGGAUACCUCAAGCGGAGAUGCGACAACUGCGCGAAGGGCAUCAGGGAGCGCAUCAAUAUUAUGCAGGGCAUGGUCUGGGACGCCCUCCCCCGCACCUUCGAGUUCCCCGAGUGGAAGAUCCUCGUCAACAUGCGCGACCUCGCCAUGGCCCGUGUGGAUUAG